UUUGUUACAAACCGCUGACGCGAAAUACAGCUUUUUCAAGUAUGGCGGAAGAACUGAAAGUUUAGUUAAAAAGAGCGUUUUGCUCGAAAAAUCAAAUAUCUUUGAUGCUCCUGAAUAACUUGCUUUGCGGCAAGGAGCCCUCGAGGCUGGCCAUCAUUAAAGAUUCGGUUGACGUGACUGGUAGAACCUUAUUAUUCUGCUUCCUAAAAGCCCUUCUCAAGAGGAAUGAUUUUGUAUGUUUUGUUGCAUUUGAACUGCCUCCAGAUGUCUACAUGGAUAUCGUAGAUUCUCAGAGUAGAUCAAGAAUUAUCAUUGUAGACAACAAUAGUGAUCCUUUAGGUUGGAUAUCAGCUACGGCAAGUUUACAGGCAAAUAAUGCUGGAGUAGUGAAUGCAGUAAUGACAGAAAUAAAAGAAAAAUGUUCUUCAUUUACUGAGGCGCCACCUAAAGUUUCCAUUGUUUUUGAUUGUUUGAGUAAAUUGGUAUUGAAUUCCCCAACUUGCACUUGUCAAAUUCUCAACCAACUGACCAGAAGCCAAGCACAGUACCAAGUUGGCCAGAUUGUUGGUUUAAUUCACGCUGAUCUCCAUGAAAAGGAAGUUCUAAAUGCUGUCAGCUCUAUUUGCUCAUCUGUACUGGAAGUCUUUGAAAAUGACUCAGGUGAAAAAGAAACCUACUGCAAGAUUCUACAUAUCAAGAAAACAGGAAAAGUCCUAAAAAAGAGACAGACUUAUACUAUUGGGGAUGACUAUGUUUUGGCGGAAAGCAGGGAAGAAGACUGGACCACACCCAAAGCUGCACAACAAGAAAUAACCUCAGAAAAGCCAGUUGACCCAACAUCAAACCUGACCUUUAAUUUGAAGCUUACAGAUGCUGAAGAAAAAGCCAGAGCAAAUAUACAGUUACCUUUCAUGCACAACUCUACCUCGCUGCUAGUAUCUAGUGGAAAUAAUGCCCAAGAGAGCAGUCAAAUCUUUUAUCAGCCAGAUGCUGCUGAUGACUUUGAUGAAGAUGACCCUGAUGAUGAUUUAGAUAUAUGAGCUGCGACAAAUGUCUCACAAAUGUGACCCUCUAUAGGAAACCGUGCACUAGGGUUUUCUGUACGUAGGCCUAAAAUACCUUCUUUGUGGCGCAGCCCAACCAUUUUUACCAUCGAUAUGAUUUAUCAGUAAAAUUCUUGAAAAUACA